AUGUCAAACAUAUCGCCCCAAAUAUUCAAAUCUACCAACAUAGCUGGCGGCUCGCUGGCAACUUUAUCCGCUUUAUCGCAAACCUCAUACCUGAUCAAAAACUUUCCAGCUUUUUUGAUGGCAAUUUUUGCCUUGGGGCUGUCUAUUCCCAUCGUGUAUUUAGAGUUCAAGGUUCCUCCCAAUCUGUACCGCUUCGCCUCCUUUUACUUCAGUUUCAUAGGCAGAGGUCUCUGUUUCAUUUUGUUGUCUCUGCUGCUGAGUUUCGGAGGUGCCAUUAAGAUUUUCAUCUCGCUGCUGCUAUUCGUCGGCGGCGUCACAUACAUCAUCGUUGAGUUCGUGCCCAGCAUUCAAGAGCCCGACAACUUCAGACCCGAAGGCAGUUCUAUUGCAGUUGGUGAGGAUGCAGAUGACAUUAUUUAG